AUACAAGAAUCAAUUAUGGCCAGUUAGCUCAAAGCCAAACCCUAAUCCCCAAUUUCCUUCGUCACUCCCGUUUCCAAUUUUGGGAAUUUCUUGCAACUUCCAAUCUGAUUUCAACCGGAUGAUCCAAUUGAUAACUGAAAUACCAUCGGAAGCACAUUUUCAGGCAGUUUCGAGGGUCAAAUCGGCGGUUUUCUCCGGUAGCUGUGUCUGUUAGGCGCCGGAAUCUGCUUCCACUGCGGUUCAGUCCAAUUUUUCAUUGCCAUCGUCUCCGGUAAGCAGCGUCGGUGAAAAUGGAAGGAGGUAAGCUCAGAUUCUGCGUCGAUAGAGGAGGAACAUUCACAGAUGUAUACGCCGAAAUUCCUGGCAACUCCGAAGGCCGAACGAUGAAGCUAUUGUCCGUUGACCCUGCGAAUUACGCCGACGCUCCGGUCGAAGGUAUUCGCCGUAUACUGGAAGAAUAUACCGGCGAGAGCAUCCCGCGGAAUUCGAGAAUUCCGACGGAUAAGAUCGAGUGGGUGAGAAUGGGAACGACUGUGGCGACUAACGCAUUACUCGAACGAAAAGGGGAACGAAUCGCCCUCUGUGUGACGCGCGGAUUCAAGGAUUUGCUGCAGAUUGGGAAUCAGGCCAGACCUAAUAUAUUCGACCUAACUGUAUCGAAGCCAUCGAAUCUGUACGAGGAAGUUGUGGAAAUCGACGAGCGAGUCGAGCUCAUUAGCUCCGGCGACGCUGCAGAUAUUCCCGACGCGGCGGCGAUCGUCCGGGGAAUUUCCGGUGAGCUUGUAAGAAUUGUGAAGCCGAUCGAUGAGAAAGCUUUAAUUCCUAAAUUGAAUAGUUUGAUUGAGAAAGGGAUUACCUCUUUAGCUGUAGUAUUGCUGCAUUCUUAUACAUAUGUGAAUCAUGAGGUAGAAAUCGAGAAAUUAGCUCUAAGAUUGGGAUUCAAGCAUGUUUCGUUGUCGUCGGCAUUGACGCCGAUGGUUCGAGCCGUCCCUCGGGGGUUCACGGCGUGCGUCGACGCGUAUCUAACCCCCGUGAUCAAGGAGUAUUUGCAAGGAUUCAUGUCAAAAUUCGAGGAGAAACAGGGGAAGAAGUUGAAUGUGUUGUUUAUGCAGUCGGACGGAGGUUUGGCGCCGGAGAAAAGUUUCUCCGGCCACAAAGCUGUUUUAUCCGGCCCCGCCGGUGGUGUCGUCGGGUACUCGCAGACGCUUUCCGGCGUCGAGACUGAUAAGCCGCUUAUCGGAUUCGAUAUGGGCGGUACGUCGACCGAUGUGAGUCGAUACGCCGGAAGUUACGAGCAUGUUAUAGAAACGCAAAUAUCGGGCGCGAUAAUUCAAGCGCCGCAGCUCGAGAUCAACACGGUCGCCGCCGGCGGCGGCUCGAAGUUGAAGUUUCAGUUUGGGGCUUUUCGGGUCGGGCCGGAGUCGGUUGGCGCCCAUCCUGGGCCCGUUUGUUACAGGAAAGGUGGGGAGCUUGCGGUUACGGAUGCGAAUCUUGUGCUCGGAUACAUAAUUCCCGAUUAUUUCCCAUCGAUCUUUGGCGCCGGCGAAGAUCAGCCAUUGGAUGUGGAUGCUACUCGAGCCGAGUUUCAGAAUCUCGCGAAACGAGUCAACGAUUACCGGCGGAGUCGGGAUCCGGAGGCGACGGAUAUGACGGUGGAGGAGAUUGCUCAAGGGUUCGUUAACGUCGCUAACGAAACGAUGUGUCGUCCGAUUCGUCAGCUGACGGAGAUGAAAGGCCACGAGACGAAGAACCACGCCCUUGCUUGCUUCGGAGGCGCCGGACCUCAACAUUCGUGCGCGAUCGCGCGAUCGCUCGGCAUGAAAGAAGUUCUGAUCCACAGAUUCUGCGGGAUUUUGAGCGCGUAUGGGAUGGGAUUAGCCGAUGUCGUCGAGGAAGAACAGGAACCGUAUUCUGCCGUUUAUAGUCCCGAAUUGUUGUCCGAAGUUUACGAUCGAGAAUCGACGUUGCUGUGCCGCGUAAAGCAGAAGCUGAUGUCUCAAGGUUUUAACAACGAAAACAUAUCGACGGAGACGUAUUUGAAUCUGCGAUACGAAGGAACCGACACGGCGAUUAUGGUCAAGAGCUGGACGGAUGAAAAUGGCGUGAGAGGAGACUACGCUGUCGAAUUCGAAAACUUGUUUCGACAAGAGUACGGAUUCGAGCUUCGAGGCCGGAAAAUUCUUGUAUGCGACGUCCGAGUUCGCGGCGUCGGGAUUACGAACAUACUUAAACCCCGAGCAAUGCUUCCCGGCUUGGGAACCCCGAAAAGCGAAGGUAGUUACAAGGUUUAUUUCGAAAACGGCUGGCACGAUACGCCGCUAUUCAAGCUCGAAAAUUUGGCGAACGGGCAUUCGAUCUCCGGGCCUGCCGUGAUCAUGAACGGUAACAGCACCGUGAUUGUAGAGCCGUUCUGUAACGCCGUUAUUACGAAAUACGGUAACAUUAAGAUUGAGAUCGGGUCGAGCCGUAAGACUGUUGCGGAACCUUCGAAAGAAGUCGCGGACGUCGUGCAGCUCUCGAUAUUCAACCACAGGUUCAUGGGAAUCGCCGAGCAAAUGGGACGGACGCUGCAGCGAACGUCGAUCUCGACUAAUAUUAAAGAAAGGCUGGAUUUUUCGUGUGCGCUGUUUUCUUCCGACGGAGGUCUCGUCGCGAAUGCGCCGCAUGUUCCUGUGCACUUAGGUGCCAUGUCGAGCACGGUUCGAUGGCAGCUCGAUUAUUGGGGCGACGAUUUGCACGAAGGCGAUGUUUUGGUUGCAAACCAUCCUUGCGCCGGCGGAAGUCAUCUCCCGGACAUCACCGUCGUCAUGCCGGUUUUCGAUAAUGGGAAAUUGAUUUUCUUCGUUGCGAGCAGAGGGCACCACGCCGAAAUCGGCGGGAUCACUCCCGGAAGCAUGCCGCCUUUUUCAAAGUUCAUAAGCGAAGAAGGGGCGGCGAUUAAGGCUUUCAAGCUCGUCGAAAAGGGCGUUUUUCAGGAAGACGGUAUCCGGAAUCUUCUUCUACAUCCAUCUCCCGACGAAUCGGGUCGCAAAAUCCCGGGAACUCGGAGGCUUCAGGAUAACUUAUCCGAUCUCCACGCGCAGAUCGCGGCGAAUCAGCGGGGGGUCUCGUUGAUCAAAGAGCUGAUCGAACAAUACGGAUUGGACACCGUGAAGGCGUACAUGAACCACGUGCAGGUAAACGCCGAAGGCGCCGUCCGGGAAAUGCUGAAAUCAGUUGCGUCGAGAGUGUCGUCGUGUUCGGGAGACGACGUAACGGUCGAAGAAGAGGAUUAUAUGGACGACGGAUCCGUCAUACAUUUGAAGCUGACGAUCGAUAAACGAAAAGGCGAGGCGUUCUUCGACUUCUCCGGGACAAGCCCCGAAGUCUACGGGAAUUGGAACGCUCCGGAGGCCGUGACGGCAGCUGCCGUCAUUUACUGCCUACGGUGUUUGGUCGAUGUCGAUAUUCCGUUAAAUCAAGGGUGUUUGGCGCCCGUGAAGAUCCACAUUCAGCCUGGGAGUUUCCUCUCCCCGAGUGAUAAGGCGGCGGUGGUCGGGGGCAACGUUCUUACGUCGCAACGGAUCACCGAUGUUGUCUUGACGGCAUUUCAGGCCUGCGCGUGUUCGCAGGGGUGUAUGAACAAUCUGACCUUUGGUGACGACACUUUCGGUUACUACGAGACGAUCGGCGGAGGGAGCGGCGCGGGCCCGGGAUGGGACGGCGCGAGCGGCGUGCAAUGCCACAUGACGAAUACCCGGAUAACCGACCCCGAGAUUUUUGAGCAAAGGUAUCCGGUCGUGCUUCGUGAGUUCGGGUUACGGGAGAAGAGCGGCGGUGCGGGAGUUCGUAGAGGCGGCGACGGCAUUGUGCGGGAGAUAGAGUUUAGGCGUCCCCUCGCCGUGAGCAUUCUCUCGGAAAGACGUGUUCACGCUCCUCGUGGCUUGAACGGAGGGAAGGAUGGCGCUCGAGGAGCUAACUAUCUUAUUACGAAAGAUGGCCGGAAGGUGUACCUAGGUGGUAAGAACACGGUCGAGGUGCAAGCCGGCGACAUUCUUCGGAUCCUAACUCCCGGCGGCGGUGGUUGGGGCUCGCCGUGACCCGCCCAGCCGUGUCGGGUCGGGUCGGGUCGGGUCAGGUCGGGCUCAUGAAGAAGGCUCUCUUAAGUGUAAGAACCUUCUGUUAGCUUUGGGUAAUUGUUUUGGGAUACAAUUUUCUGAAUUUUGAUUGUUCGAAUUCUUGCCAAUAAUACAAAUACUGAAUCAAAUUCAUGGUAAGAAUUUUUGUGUGGUUGUCUUUGUUUGGGAAGUAAUUGAACGAGCACCAAUAUGGAUUUUGGAAGUAUUUUCGAAU